CAGCUUCGCUCCUCUAAGUUGCAGAAGGAAGUCAUGAGCGUCCUCCUCUCUAUAGGCUUCGAGUGUGAGGAGGAGCAUCAGGACCCCCGAACAGGAUACACCAUCGACAUUUACUGCCCUCCCUCCUCCUCCUCCUCCUCCUCCUCCUCCUCCUCCUCCUCCUCCUCCUCCUCCUCCUCCUCACCAGUGGCAAUCGAAGUUGACGGUCCCUCCCACUUCCUCCAUGGAACGCGUGAGGCGUCAGGCAGCACGGUCCUUAAGCGACGUCACCUCGAGGCAGUCGGUUAUCGUUUCAUCUCCAUCCCCUACUGGGAAUGGGAUGCGCUGCAAGGAGCUGAAGAGCAGGAGAAAUUCAUGCGAGAGAAGUUAAAGUGA